AUGUGGAACGGUGCAGCCACAAGCACCGUACCACCGAUUGUGUUGGACAACCAUUUCACGUACAUUGUGUUCGGUGGGGAUCACAUCGCCGAGAGCGUUGGUCGAUACCUCGCCGCUAAGGAUAGCAAUAAAACGGUGCUUGUGUUGAAGGGAAGCCAGUGUAAUAAUGUGCUCGAACCAUCCGAACCGUCGAAGCUGUGGCUCGAAGUAUCCUAUCUAUUCGCCGAAAGUGCCCACUACCGGGGGUACGAGUUUAUCGAUCCGUUUCUGCACGGUUCCAAACCAGGCAUAGCGUUCACCAACCACACGGUGGGUUUUCUGCCUCCAGUCCAACAGCUCUACGCCAUAGAUCCGAACCUAAAGAUGCUCACCGGUGCAAGACCUACUAGGAUAAUCUACAACAAAGCUUCCUCAACAGCCUUGGGUGUGGAAGUUAGCAUCAACUUUGAAACGCAGUAUGUCUUCGCCAAGGAGCAACUCAUCGUCGCUGGAAGGUGCAAGGAAGACUAUCAGCUACUAACGCAAGCUCAAGUAGUAACGCCAACCGUACUGGAAAAGCUGUUGCGCGAUGUGCCACUGGAAAUAGCGCUUAGCAGUCCCAUCGUAGCACCGAUUUUCAAGAUCAACCUUCCGGCUCCUAUCGAUCAUUCACCAACGAAAUUACCAUACCAUCUGCUUGCCACAGAGCUGUUCAUUGAAACGAAGAAAAAUGCCGAAAAUCGCCCGAAUGCAAAGAUUAAUAUUGUUCUCAAGGAGCAACCCCCCAAUCGUUGGAUAGGAUUCUGCCCCUCACUUAUCCAUACAGAAAACGAACUGUACGAUCGCAACACCCUCCUGCAGAUCUUGCUGGAGACCAUAGCGAUCUGUCGUCGGCUAGGAACUAGUGAAACGUUUCAAACGUUGAACCUCACGAUGGUGACCCACCAGCCAGACCGGGUACUAACGGGUUGUGUACCGGAAUCGCCAGCCAAAAGUCUGCAAUGUUUUGUCAAGCAGACGAUCGCCGCGGCAGCGUUCAGCAGUGAGGAGCAAACAAAAGCAGCGUUACCGAGCAGCAGCAGCACCAGCUACGAGACGGAGUGGCUCACGAAGGAUUUCCGCCUCAAAUCCGCCCGAAACAUACGCCUGCUACCGUUCGGACUAACUUCUCCCUUUCUAGAGCGCUGGUGGUCACGAAUAUUUAACCCAAAGCACUCGACACGUGAGUAUACUACCCGGUCUGGAGCCAUCAUGUCGGGGGAGAUUGAUGUUCCGUUAGCAACGUUGCUGGACAAGCUGAAGGAACGACUAAAGUCUAUCAGCAAAACACCACAGUGA